AUGUGGGCCUGUGAUCCCGCAUUUACUACAGAAAUAGUGAACAGUUAUCAAGUAGCUGGACCACUCUUUGUCCAAGCUCUGCAGAGUUUUCUGGCAGCGCAAUGCGCGUUGGCUGGAGAUCAUUUAUGGCCAUCUGAUGCAACGGAGGCAGUCAUCGAAGAUCCCAACUACGACUUCAUAGUAGUGGGAGCUGGGUCAGCCGGUGCUGUGGUAGCUAACCGGCUAAGCGAGAUAUCACACUGGAAGAUUCUACUUGUCGAGGCCGGCGGGAAUCCUAAUCUAGCCACAGAGAUCCCACAACUUUUUUACAACAAUAUCGAUACUUCUAUGGAUUGGGGUUACAGAACCCAACCCCAGGAUUCCAUCUGUAAAGGAUAUAAAGAAAACCGCUGUACAUGGCCGCGCGGUAAGACUCUAGGAGGCUGUAGUAGUAUCAAUGCGAUGUUUUAUGUGAGAGGUAAUAAAGUAGAUUAUGAUGAGUGGGCAGCUAACGGAAACUACGGCUGGAGUUAUGACGAAGUAUUAGAGUAUUUUAAAAAAAGUGAAAAUUUUUCUGAUCCGUUAACGAAAGAAACAAAAAAGUACCACAACAAGGGAGGAUAUCUUAAUGUACAAAAGCCUGGUUCCGCACACGCCUUUGAAGAACUGAUCAUAAAGGCCGUUACUGAAUUAGGAAUAAAAGAAUUAAACGAGGUUAACGGUCCUACGCAAAUGGGAAUAACUAGAGCAUAUACUACAAUCAAAGACGGCAAACGGCAUAGUACAGCAAAAGCAUUUUUAAAUGUUAUUAAGGACAGAAAAAAUUUGCAUGUGCUUAAAAAUGCUCACGUAACAAAAAUAUUAUUUCACAACAAAUCAACCAAAGUUAGCGGUAUAUUAAUUCAACGGUACGGAAAAGAAAUUACAGUUAAUACAAAGAAAGAAGUAAUUUUAUCAGCGGGUGCGAUCAAUACACCACAAUUACUUCUUCUCUCAGGUAUGGGACCGGGAAAGUAUUUAAAUGACUUAAAUAUUGAAGUAAAAGCAGAUUUACCAGUUGGUGAAAAUUUGCAAGAUCAUGUAUUCUUUCCAAUUUACUACAGUGCACCAGUGCAAGGAAUUUUUAAUACAUUACCAGAUAUAACAAAAUCAUUUACGGAAUAUAUGUUAACAAACAAAGGUAUCCUCUCAGAUAUAAGUCCACACAAAAUUAUAGCAUUUGUCAACUCCAGCAAUCCUGCUGCCAUUAGCCCGGAAGUUCAAUUUCAUUAUUUAGUAUUCACUCCACGUUUAGCCAAUUUAGUCGAUGUGUACGCUAAACAUGGUUUGAACAAUGAUAUACACAGAAAGUUCCAGAAACUGAAUGAAAAUAAUAUUGUUAUAAUGAUAUAUAAUACAUUAUUAAAACCAAAAUCAAUAGGAAGACUAAUUUUAAAUAGUACAAAUCCAAAUGAUCAUCCACUUUUAUUUGCUAAUUAUUUUCAAGAGCCGGAAGAUCUCAAAGUUCUCAUAAGAAACGCUAAACAAUUCACUUUAACUUUAAACGAGACUAAAACUUUCAAAGAUGCCGGAUUUAAACUUACUUGGCUUGAAUUAGAGGCUUGUAAAGAUUUAGACAAGAACUCCGAUGAAUUCCUAGAAUGUGUCGCUAGGGAACUAACGUUCUCCUUAUACCAUCCAUGUUGCACUGCUAAAAUGGGUCUCAGUGGUGAUAGAACAGCUGUUGUAGAUCCUCAGUUAAGGGUUCAUAAAAUUCAAGGACUAAGAGUGAUAGAUGCAAGUAUUAUGCCGUCUGUUGUUAGAGGUAAUACAAAUGCACCAACAAUAAUGAUAGGUGAAAAGGGCGCAAGUAUGAUCAAACAAUUUUGGUUAAAUGAACAUACUGAAUUAUGA